AUGAUUGAAUGUGAUAGUGGCAAAGAUAUCCAAAAAUAUUCCAGUUUUAAAACUGAACAUGAAAUUCUUCUUCCAGCUGCAAGACAAUUUAAAGUCGGAGCAUGUCUCAAUCAAGGUAAAGAUCUUUAUCUCAUACAACUCAAAGAAAUUCAACCGCGAUUUCCCCUGAUUGCACUUGUACCAAUAACAUCUCCCAAGAAACUUUCACUAGCACCAAUUGUACCAUCACCACUGAAACCCAUUGCCACGAAAGUCACAACAGCAGGUAAGAGUGUUAAAAAUCGAUGUUUUCUUAUCGUCAAUCGAUAGAGUAACCCAUGUUGAUAAAUUAAAGUAGAUAAAGAGUAAGGAUUGCACACUUCUUCAUACAUUGAUUAUCAAUUUGAGAGAAUUAAUCAAAAGAACAUCCAAUUACAUUGUACCUAUACUCAAUUUGUAAUCCAUCAAAUCAGAUUUAAAUCGUAAAAAAUGAAUGUAAAUUCAGAAAAUUUGAAUUAAUUAAAAUUCAAAUUACUUUGGAUUCAAUUUGCGGUAAAUCGAACUUAAUUUGAAUAAACUUGUAAAAUUUGAAAGAUUUUUAUGACUUUAAGUUAAGGUGAGCUUGAAUUUCUAAAAAAAUUAAAAUGAAUCUAAAUUAACAUAUGCAGAUGUAAUUUUCUUUUCCCUAUUUUGUGAAACACGAUCUGAAAGGAGUGUUGAAGUGUUUAAGGGUAGAAAUUUGGACCCCCCCCUCCCCCACAGACCGUGACAUACACUCACGUGACCCAUCACAGACCGUGACAGACAUCUUAAUUAAUUAAUUACUAUUUAAUUAAUUAAUUAGUAUUUAAUUAACUAAUUAACUAAUUAGUAUUUAAUUAAUUAAUUACUUAAUUAGUAUUUAAUUAAUUAAUUAGUAUUUGUUGAAUUACUUAAUUAAUUAGUAUUUAAUUAGCUAAUUAACCGUCACAGACAGGGUUUGGACCCAUCACAGACCGUGACAGACAGGCUUUAGACCCAUCUUGAGGGUGUGGGUGUGGGUGUGGAUGUAGAUCUGUAUUGCAUAGACACCCACACUUACACCCACACCCACACCCACACCCACACCCACACCCACACCCACAC